AUGAUAGCCGGGUUUGCGGGGCACUUAUGGACGUUAAACAGAAUAAUUAGUAGAAUAUUAAUUCAGCCCUUCAGUGAAGCUAUGCUUUCUAAUGUGAAGAUUUCUAUGGAGAACAACGAACAAGAAACUCUGAAGUUAUUUUAUUUCAAUCAGUUUCUAGUCGGCAAACGAGCAGACGGAUUACCUGAUGGUAAGCAAUCAGCGCCGCCCAUGGACACUCGCAACGGAGGAGUUACGAAGGAGGAGGGCACUGAGUUGGAGUUGGAAGCGCUGUACAGAAGAUACUGCGUGAGAUUAAAACAUGCGCUGUUCGUGUCAGCUCUCUGUGUCACACUCUUCUGUUGUGUGUUCCUAUUGUGCGCAGUCUGUAUUCUACAUUCACAUGAACUAUACAUGCAAACAAAAGCGAUCGCAUCACUAUCGGUUAUAACAUUCGUGUUGUCGAUAGUGUUGUGCCUCGCGUUGCUGCCGGCUGCUCCAGAAUGGGAAGCCCUGGCGUUAGCUGGCUCUCUACUGGUCACUGUGAGCCUAGGCGCUGGAACGCUGAUGGCCACACAUCAUGCACCGCUGCCACUCUUCGCACUAAUCUUGAUGGUGCAUACAAUGAUGCCCAUAGCUCGGCCGAUUGCCCUGGCAAUGUCAGCUGUUCUCACGUUGGCUUACAUCGGCCUGGCUCUAGGAGUCCGGCCUGAAGGCGAAGAAACACAGUUUUAUCAGCAGCUAAUCUGCGAGCUAGCCCUGCUAAUAUCAGCCAGUGGCAUCGGCCUUUACUACCGAGCGUUAACAGAAAGAGCUCAUAGGAACACCUUCGCUGGUACCAGAACUUGCCUGGAACAGCGAGUGAAACUGGAGUGUGAGAGAGAGCAACAGGAACGAUUACUUCUCUCUGUCAUACCUGCGUAUAUUGCUGCUGAGAUAGCUACAAUGUUCCUGAGUGCUACGCUACGAUCAAAUGGAGCUGAUCAGCAGGUGAAACAGCGCGAGAGCAGCUAG